AUGACCGUCGAUACACCAAAGAAGGUCAAAGAGGAGGGGGCUCCCGGCGAGCCGAAAGCUAAGAAGUCUCUCAAGGACGAGAAGAAGGAUGAGCUGAGCGAAGAAGACAAAAAGUUGAACGAGGACCUGACGAUGCUUGUCGAGCGAUUGGGCGAGCCGAACGCGGGCCUCUGGCUUCCGACGAUUGACCAACUGCGCAACCUGAUUCGCGCCUCGACCACGUCGAUGACUUCCGUGCCCAAGCCUCUCAAGUUUAUGCGCCCUCACUACGAGAAAGUCAAGCAGAUCCACGCCGCCAUGCCUGCAAAUGAUUGCAAGGCUGCGUGCGCUGAUUUGAUUUCGGUGCUCGGCAUGACUUCUGAUGACAAGAACGACUGCCUCAAAUAUCGGAUGAUCGGCUCACAGACACCGAUUGGAGAUUGGGGACACGAGUACGUGCGCCACUUGGCUAUGGAGCUGGUGGAUGAGUGGAAGAACGGCGUCACACCUGAUGGAGAGGACGCAAAGACCAGGCGCCAACCCUUGGAGAAGAUGGCGCGCGAGAUCGUUCAGCACCACAUGAAGCACAACGCCGAAGUUGAGGCAUGCGACUUGCUGAUCGAAGUCGAACGCCUCGAUAUGCUGAUUGAUUUCGUCGAAGAAGUCGAGCACCAGCGUGUCUGCCAUUAUCUUGUCAGUUGCUCGCCGCUGACGCCGGAUCCGGAAAACGCCACGCUAAUCGAGACGGCCAAGGCGCUGUACCUCAAGUACAAGAAGUUCCUCGAGGCCAUGCGAUGUGCCGUCAUGCUUAACCAAGUCGAGGAGAUCAAGCGAAUUUUCAAGAUGACGACUGAUCCGCUGCUCCAGCGUCAGAUGGCUAUCAUCUUGGGACGUCAUCAGAUCUUCUUGGACUUCCAGGGCCUUGAGAAUGGCGAAAAGCUGUCCGAGCUCAACUCCAACGCUCACCUUUUCGAAUACUUCCACUCGCUGGCCCGUGAACUGGAUAUCAUGGAGCCAAAGACUCCUGACCAAAUCUAUAAGAGCCACCUCGAGCACACGCGUCCAUUCGGCGGUUCGAGCAAUCCGGACACAGCUCGCAUGAACUUGGCCGGCGCCUUCGUCAACGGAUUUGUCAACUGCGGCUUUGGGCAGGACAAGAUGAUGGCCGAGGCGGAAGAGGGCAACAAGUGGUUCUUCAAAAACAAGGAACAUGGUAUCCUUGCGGCUGCCGCUUCGCAGGGUCUCGUCUACCGCUGGGAUGUGGACACCGGGCUGGCCCAAUGUGAUCGCUUUCUCUACUCCAAUGAUGACUAUGUCAAGGCCGGAACCUUAUUGGCUGUCGGCAUCAUCUCCUCGGGCAUCCAAGACUCGUGCGAUCCGGCCUCUGCCCUUCUACUUGACCACCUGAAAUCCGAGCGAACGACGAUGCGCGUGGGAGCUAUCCUCGGCCUCGGGCUCGCCUAUGCCAACUCGAAGCGUGACACUGUCGUCAAGCAAGAGGACGGCGGCAUCAUCUUCGAGCUGAAGAAGGUUUUCAAUGAGACGUCGCCGGCUGCCACUCCAGAAGUGAAAGGACUCACUGGUCUUUCGCUCGGCCUGAUCAUGGUUGGCACGGGAGACCACACGAUCGCCUUCGAGAUGCUGCAGGUGCUUAUGGAGAAGACUGAGCAGGAGCUCACCGACCCGAACAUGCGUUUGCUGGCUCUUGGCGUGGCCCUGAUCUUCCUGGGUACCCAAGAGAAGAGCGAGGUUUUCGUGGAGAGUGUCCGCACCCUCCCGGACCCAUUCGGUUCCAUGUUCUCGACCCUCGUCGAUGUUUGCGCCUACGCGGGCAGCGGCAACGUUUUGAAGAUCCAACAACUGCUCCACAUCUGCUCCGAGCACUACGAGACCCCGGUCGAAACCAAGGCCAAGAAGAAGGAGGAGAAGAAGCAGACGACCACCGAUGGUCGCUUGGAUCUUUCGUCACAGCAGGCCGUCGCCGUCCUCGGUGUGGCCAUCAUUGCCAUGGGCGAAGACGUCGGCAGCCAAAUGGCCCUGCGCAUGUUUUCGCAUCUCAUCAGGUACGGUGAGCCAGUCAUCCGUCGUGCCGUCCCACUGGCCCUGGGCCUGCUCUCGGUCUCGAACCCGCAACUCAACAUCCUGGAGACGCUCGGAAAAUUCAGCCACGAUUCGGACUCGGACACGGCACACAACGCUAUCUUCGCCAUGGGACUCGUGGGCGCCGGCACGAACAAUGCUCGCCUGGUCGCUAUGCUCCGCCAAUUGGCCAGCUACCACAACAAGGACCAGAUUUCUCUCGAGCUGGUGCGCAUCUCCCAGGGCUUGACCCAUCUCGGCAAGGGUACGCUGACCCUGAACCCGUGGCACUCGGAUCGGCAACUGCUGUGCCCGGCUUCGGUCGCUUCGCUGUUCGCCACUUGCUUCUUCUUCCUCGAUGCCAACAACACGGUUCUGUCCAGCCGACAGCCGUACCUACUCUACACCCUCGUUUCGGCCAUGCAACCGCGUAUGCUGGUCACGCUCGUCGAGGAUGACAAGAAACCGGGCCAGCUGAAGCAGAUCCCCGUCACCGUUCGCGUCGGCCAGGCGGUCGAUGUCGUUGCCCAGGCUGGAAAGCCGAAGACAAUCACUGGCUUCCAGACCCACACGACCCCGGUGCUGCUCUCAUUCGGAGAACGUGCGGAGCUUGCCAAUGAAGAAUGGAUCGCCCUCACCCCGCACCUCGAGGGUCUGGUGAUCUUGAAGAAGAACCCGGAAUACGAUGCUAGUCAACAUGUGGCGACCACGAAGAAUUAUUCGGGCCUCGAGUAUGAUUCGGAACCGGCCGAGCAGUUGGCUGUCGGCAUCGGUCUGGCCAUCCACAUCAUCAUCCUGCUCCUCAUCCCCAUGACGCUCAUCAACCUUUUCGUGCCGGAUCUGGUCCACGGUCCGUGCAACCACGAGGGAUGCCGCGAGAGGGAUGUGCUCAAUCAUGGAGUGUCCGACAGCGGCGAGUUCGACCCGUUGCUUGACAGCGAUGACGACGAGGAAGAAGAUGACGACCCCGAGCACGAGCACGAAAACGAGCACGAGCAUGAUUAUAGCGAUAACGAGGACAAGGACCUCAUCCCACAUCGACUAGACGACCGGGAACGCCGACAGAUAGGAUACUAUCAAUGGGUACCGUUUGUACUCGCGCUCGCAGCCUUGAUGUUCCACAUCCCGUCUUCAGUGUGGCGCUUGUUGGCGCCUCAGUCAGGUUUAAACGCGGGUCUCGUGCUCCAACUGGCCUGCCAAGACCAGAAUGUCGACCCCACACACCGCGACCAGGCCGUCGGCAUCGUCGCCCGGCACAUCGACGAUGCGCUCGUGUACCAGCGUGAUCACGGCAGUCGUCGCAAGAACAUCUACAUAUUUGCCGUGGUGCGCGUGGGAAAGUUCUACGGGGCCUACGUGUCCUCGUGCUACAUCUUCAUCAAGAGUUUGCAUCUCAUCAACGUGGGCAUCCAGUUUGUGCUGCUCAACUCGUUCCUCGGCACCGCCGACUAUCCGCUUUUCGGCGCGCACGUGCUUUACGAUCUGUUCAUGGGCCGCGAGUGGCGCGAUUCAGGCAAAUUUCCACGAGUGACCCUCUGCGACUUUGAGAUCCGCGUGCUCGGCAAUGUGCAUCGGCACACUGUACAGUGCGUGCUGGUCAUCAACAUGUUCACCGAGAAGAUUUUCGUGUUCCUGUGGGUUUGGCUGUCGGCGCUCGCCUUCCUCACGGCAAUCAACCUCUUUUUCUGGCUAUGCGCCCUGUCGACGUCGAGCCUCCGCCAAUCGUUCGUCUCCAAGCAUCUCGACAUGGAAAGCGAGCAGCUCGCCAGAUUCACAGACCGCUUCCUUCGCCCGGACGGCGUCUUUCUGCUGCACAUGAUCGCCAACCAUGCAGGAAACCUAUUCUGCUCGAAGGUGACGCAGGCGCUAUGGCAGAUAUUUCUGAAGCGAUCCGGCAAGCCUGUCCUUGAGGAAAAGGUCGAGGGAAGUGAGGCAGACUACGACGCGGCGCAGACAGCAGGGAACGGCCCGCGAAAAAGCUCUUGGAGUGAGGGCAGUCUGCCACCGCCGCCUGUGGCCCCGGCCCGAACCCACUACGUG